AGAGUAUGAAAAAUGCUAGUUUUAUAAUUAGGUUGUGCAGACCUUUCACUUUCUUUAUAAGAGGCUAUUUUAUUGCUGUGGAUUAAUGUUAUUCAUACUUACCUGCAAGCUCCAUAUAUAUGAAGAAAAAAAAAAAUACAUGCAUGUUUCUGUAAAAAUGUAUAACCAGUUCGACAGCAGCAUUAACAUGUGCACGUGAUUUGAAGGAAACAUAGCCAUCGGUAUCUUGCCUCUGGUCCAUCUGACAAAUAUUGCUCUGCCAUAACCUAAUUGUAUGAUAACGAUAAUAACCACAGUAACAAUCAUUUUGAUUAUCUGACGAUUCUCGCCAUUUAAUAGCAAUGCUAUAUUCUUGAAAAAUGAUGCUUGCCCGUCGCAAAUGUCUGUUGAAAUUAUCAUUUUGUACGUUAUAUAUAAUCUGCAUUUUGCUUAUUGCCAAGCAAAUAUUUCGUGCUAAUGACAAUUCCAACGCGUAUAAAGAUCAGUUUCCGUUUCCAAGAGAUGGCAAUAACUCUCAGAGACAAAAGGAUGUGGAUAUUGCUUUGCAGAGGCUAAAAAAGGAAAGGUAUGAGCAGCAAAUAUUAAAAUUGGAGUAUGAUGUUGUAGUUGGACUUGGAGAAAAUGGAGAACCAGCUUAUCUACAUGGAAAAGAGAAGGUUGAAGGUGAAACAGUACUUGCAAAAAAAGCACUGAAUGUUGUCCUUUCAAAUAAGAUAUCAUUAACUAGAAAAUUACCAGAUGUACGCAACCCACUGUGUGCAAAUCUUACAUAUGACACAUUACUACCAAGUGUUAGUGUGAUAAUUAUUUUUUAUAACGAACCAUGGAGUGUUUUAUUACGUACAGUACAUAGCGUUUUGAAAGGUUCUCUGCCACAUUUAUUAAAAGAAAUUAUUUUGGUUGAUGAUCAUAGUGAGGAAGAGGAACUUCAAGGACAACUUGAUUAUUAUUUGUCGACGCGUUUACCUACAAAAGUCAAAUUGUUGAGGUUGCCAUAUAGACAAGGACUGAUACGUGCUCGUCUUCAUGGAGCUAAAAAUGCUACAGGCGACGUUCUUGUCUUCUUGGAUGCACAUUGCGAAGUUAUCAAAGACUGGUUACAGCCUUUGCUUCAGCGAAUAAAGGAAAAAAGAAAUGCUGUAUUAAUGCCAAUAAUUGAUAAUAUUUCUGAAGAGACGUUAGAAUACUUUCAUGAUAAUGAAGCAUCCUUUUUUCAAGUUGGUGGUUUCACAUGGUCAGGUCACUUUACGUGGAUAAAUAUUCAAAAGCACGAGCUUAAGUCGCGUCUUUCUCUUAUAUCACCGACUAGAUCUCCUACUAUGGCGGGAGGUUUAUUUGCUAUCGACAGAAAAUAUUUUUGGGAAGUUGGUAGUUACGAUGAUAAAAUGGACGGCUGGGGAGGUGAAAAUUUGGAAAUGUCUUUCAGAAUUUGGCAAUGUGGUGGUACAUUAGAGAUUAUUCCUUGUUCUCGAGUUGGCCAUAUAUUUCGAAAUUUUCAUCCAUAUAAAUUUCCGAACGAUAAAGAUACUCAUGGAAUAAAUACUGCUCGUUUAGCAUUUGUAUGGAUGGAUGAAUAUAAGAGAUUAUUUUUGCUCCAUCGCAGUGAGUUUAAGAAUAAAUCAAGUUUGUUUGGGGAUAUAAGCGAGCGUUUAAAAUUACGCCGAAAGCUCAAAUGUAAAAGCUUUAAAUGGUAUCUUGAUAAUAUUUAUCCAGAGAAAUUCAUUCCUGAUGAGCACGCCAUAGCAUAUGGCCGCGUCAGAUUACGCAAUAGACUGCUGUGUUUAGACAAUCUACAACGUGACGAGGAUAAACCAUACAAUUUAGGUUUAUACAGUUGUCAUUCCAAGUUAUAUCCAAGUCAGUUUUUUUCAUUGAGUAAUUCUGGCGAGUUACGAAGGGAUGAUAAUUGUGCGAGAGUGAAUGCUGAUGACUCAAGAGUGCACACUCAAGUUGAAAUGUCGGAUUGUAAUAAUGAAAAAGGUGGAAAGGAAUGGGUAUUAACAAAGGAUAGCAAAAUUGUACAUGUAGAAACUGGUCUCUGUCUUGAUGGUUCUCAGGUACAGAAUGAAGAAGAUGUAUUUGCGACUGCCUGUGCCAAUGUGCCAGAUCAGUUUUGGAAAUUUGAUUUUUACAUUGGUAAAAUUGUACCAAAAUAACGUUGUCUUACAAAUAUCCGUUUGAACUCGUUAGAACAUAUUGUUUGUGUGUGUGU